CCCGCUAUUUCGUAUCUCUAUAUCUAUUAUUGCAGGGUGCAAUACGAAUCUCGUUAAUACAGUAUAAUCGUGAAAGUGACGGUUGACGAACGAUGGCGACGAGAAACGCGAAUAAAUAUCUGUCGAUACGAAUGGCGAGAAUUUUAAUGAAGACUAUCGGUUUCUGGCCUGCCGAAACGAAAAAAGGAAAAUUAUUAUUAAAGGGAACUUUGGUCUAUACGUUAUUUGCGUUUGCUUUAGCUCUAUGGAUAGAAGCAACUGAAUUGUACUUGACUACAGGUGAUUUUUACGCUCUUACGUACACUGCUUGCACUGCUACUCCAGUGGUCAUAAUUUUGUUGAAACUAAGCUUCUUUUUAUAUCAUCGAGAAGAACUGCUGAGAAUGCUGAAAUAUACGGAAGAUAACUUUUGGUACGUUCAGUACGAUGCAUAUGGCAGCAAGCUAUUGGAAAAAAUCGACAGAAAAGGAAAAAUAUUAUUGUUCACGUUUACGUUCUUCACUCAAGGAGCAGUUUUCACGUAUAUGCUGGCGCCUUUAGUCGAGAAUAGGGGGAAAAACGAAAGCGAGAGAAUACUCAUUUGUAAUAUCUGGGUCGGAAUUCCGACAAACGUCUCGCCUAAUUUUGAAAUAAUUUUUUUUUUCGAGGUCGUAGCGUUCAUUCAUUCGGGCCUGUGCUUUUGCUGCUUCGAUAAUCUCUUAGGUCUGAUAAACAUGCACACUGCUGGACAGUUCAACAUACUUCAGCAUCGCAUAGAAACCAUUCUACAGAAAGUCGAGCGAGGAGGUACCGUAGAAUUGUUCAACAAGAAAGGAAAAGUAUACGAAGUAUACGAAGAAAUUAUAGAAUGCAUCACGAUACAUCAUAAGUUAAUCUGGUACAGUGAAGCAAUGGAACGUCUUUUUAUGUAUACGACUCUCUUCCAGCUCCUGGUAUCCUCCGUUUUGCUUUGCGUCUCGGGUUUGCAAAUAUUUCUAGGCCAAGGUACAAUUGUCAGACGCAUGAUAUUUAUCGCCCAUGCAAUAGCAUGCUUCUUCCAGCUGUUCGUGGUUACGGCGACGUCGAACGAUUUGAUAGAAGAGAGUCGCGCAAUAGGAGACGCGGCAUAUAAUGCCAAUUGGCAAGUUUUAUGCCACAAUGAUAACAAAGGUGUCAGAAAUGCUAUUCUGAUGAUCAUGAAGCGAUCCAUGCGUCCUUGUUCCAUAUCUGCUGGUGGAUUCUUCCCGGUAUCCCUUGAAACAUUUAUGACGGUGUUGAGCACCGCUGUAUCUUAUUUUACUCUGCUUCGCAAUUUUGUCGGAAAAUGGUCGCACCGGUGUAAGAAAAUCACGAGUUUCGGCAUGACACAAGGUAAAGAAUACCGAUCGGUGAGUAUUACACGGGUCUUCAUGAAAAUGGUAGGCCUCUGGCACGUCAAGACACCGCGGGAACAGCUGCUCUUGCGCAUUGCAUUUGGCUAUGCUGUCUGGCAGAUUAUCUUUGCCAUUCUCGUCGAGGGCGUCGAUCUCUAUCAUUGUAUAGGCGAUUUUUAUGCUGUCACGUCCAAUUUAUGUACAACGUUGCUGCUAGUAAUGAUACUAGUGAAGUUGGGAAGCUUCAUGUUCUAUCACGAUAUGAUAAUGGAUUUGAUCCGUUUCGCUGAGAAGAACUUUUGGAAUGUCACUUACAACGAAGUUGAUACCCGAAUUCUGGAAGGGUACGACAAAUUAGGAAUGAUUAUGGUCUAUACUUUUACGUUGAUCGUUUACAUCGCGACAUUUAAUUACAUCUGCGCACCUUUUUUCGAUCAUCAAGGACUAAAUAAGACAGAGAAGAUUUUACCAUUCAAAUUGUGGAUCGAUUUUCCAUAUCAUUCACCGUAUUACGAAAUUACUUAUGUUAUACAGUCACUUUCGACGAUACAUUCGGGUAUAUGUACUUGCUGCUUUGAUAAUUUCAUAAGCACAUUCAAUAUCCAUACGGCCGCGCAAUUGAAAAUUUUGGCUCAUAAAGUGGAAACAAUCACCGAGGAUUGCAUCAAUAACGUGAUUGAUCAGAAACAUCUGUCUGAAACGGAUAUCGCGACGUUAACAUUUAGAAAUAUGCAAGAAUGUGUGCAACAGCAUCACACCCUCAUAAAUUACGUGUAUAACAUGCAACGUGUGUUCACCGUUAUAUUACUAGGACAAUUAUUGCUCUCCAGUAUAGUCAUCUGUUUUGGUGGAUUCCAACUUCUCGCGGCGGAAGUAGCCAUCAGAAAAUGUAUUUUUGCCUUCCACUUUGUGGGCGGUCUUAUCCAAUUACUUAUUUAUACAUGGACGUGUAAUGAUAUAAUUGUGCAAAGUACAGCCAUCUCCGAUGCUGCUUAUAACUCCAAGUGGUAUCUUUUACCUAACAAUGGCCCAGGAAACGCAGUGAGGAAAGGGUUAAUUAUAAUCAUGAUUAGAGCACGUCGACCGUGUACAUUAACUGCUGGAAGUUUCGCGGUUAUGUCUUUGGACACUUUUACUGGGAUAUCAUCAUUACAUUUGGUCCAUAUGGUGUACAUGAUUAAACAAAUUUUAAAAUCAAGAAAGCACUUUUUGUGCGUUGUUAGAUAUAUUCUCGUAUCGAUUACUUUUCGACGUAUGAUAUAAGAGAUGAAAUACCAUACAUUGACAAUGAGUACGAAUUUAAAAGUAAGCCAUUAGUCGGUAACUAUUCACGUCUUCGUUCCAAGUUUUCAACAGAUGAGAAUUUGACAGGAUUUAUGAUAUUGUUAUAGUGAAAAAUUCGAA